CAUUCAGGUAGGUAAGGUAUGGCUACGGUGCGCAUGUGCAACAGGAGAAUCUUUGAGUUGGAUCGUAUUUUACGUAUUUAGCAGAAGUUUAGGCAUUUUUGAUAGUUUUUGACAGUUUUAGAGUCUUCAAAUUUCGAUGGAGAACCAAACGACACCCCCUGAAAUCCCUCAGCCACUCAUCAAACUGGUGAGACUCAUAACCCGGGGUUUCUAUGGAAUAGAACACGCGCUUGUUAUGGACAUCUUGGUUCACAACAGGUACAUCAAAGAAGAGGACCUGAUAGAGAAACUGAAAUUCGAGAGGAAACAUCUGCGGAUGAUCAUCACCCAGCUGAAGAACGACCAGUUCCUGAAGUCGCGCAUGCGGAUGGAGACCCACUCGGACGGGCACACCACCCGCCACAACUACUACUCCGUCAACUACAAGAUGGUGGUCAACGUGGUCAAGUACAAGCUGGACCACAUGCGGCGGAAGAUUGAAACGGACGAGAGGGACUCGACGAACCGGGCGUCGUUCCUCUGCCCGAUGUGCGGGAAGACGUUUACGGACUUGGAGACGGACCAGCUGUUUGACCCGUUGACGGGGACGUUCAACUGUACGUACUGUCAGACGGAGGUGCAGGAAGACCAGAGCCGGGACCAGGAGAAGGAUUCGCGUACGCUCCUGGUACGCUUCAACCAACAGAUCGAACCCGUCUAUCAACUGUUGCGGGAGCUGGAAGACAUGAGCCUACCACAAGAGGUCUUGGAUCCCGACCUCAUACUUGGGCUCAUUCCUAAUAAGACGGUCUCGGGCGGAGGGAGACCGGGCGAGUCCGGAGGUAGUCGCGGCUGGGCCGAUGGUACGCAGCGUGUCGGACUUGACCUGAACCAAGAGGUCACGAUCAACAUGGAGAAUAAGAAUGCUCCAUCCGCGGCCUUACCUGCGGCUGAGGUGAAGGAGCGACCAGUAUGGCUGAGGGACAGCACUGUACACGAUGAAGAACUAUCCUUGUCGUCGGACGGCGUGAAAGAACCAGGCAUCAUGGAGUCCCGCCCCAGCGCGCAACAGGACAACAACGACAUCAUGCGGGUCCUUCUGGCGCACGAGAAGAAGGGGGCGAGCUCAGCCGUCUCCGCGGCCAUCCCGUCGGCGGGGGUUGCCGAUAGCGACAGCGAUAGUAGUAAGUCGGACACAGAGGACUCCAACAACUUCUUUGGAAUGAUGGCUCAGCCUGGCAUAUCUGGUACUAACUCACAAGAGGUGGAAGAGAUGCAGGAUGAAGAUGAUGAGGAAGAGGAUGUUCCCAUGGUAACGGUGGGAGGAGUAGAGUACCCGUAUCACCAAGUCAGCGAGAGGCCAGACCUCAUCGCACAGAUGACAUCAGCGGAGAAAGAGGCUUACAUGAAGAUUGGACAGCAGUACUACGCUCAUUUAUACGACUGAUAAGAUGGAAGAUAGAACACCUUUUUAUUGUGAUGGAGGACUUUAUCAUAUAAAUUGUUCUAAAUUGACUGAGUCAGUUCGGUUAUUUGUGGGGGCCGUAACUAAAUCUCAGUGGAGGAUUUUGCAAACGAACACUACUAGAUUUGGUUCAUCCAACAAAUAAAGAUUGAAGUAAAGC